AGCAGUAAUAGAAUGGGUGAAGCAGGCCUGAGAACACUGUCUAGUGCACUGAAAGAUCCACGCUGCAAAUUAGAAAAGUUAGGGCUUAAUAAUACUUGUACACUUGACUUUGGAAUGAUGGGAUCUUAUCAGGAAGAGACUGGAAUGGAAAUACUUAGUGAUGUGCUAAAAGAUCCGAGAUGCACAUUAAAAAGCUUAGAGUUGGCCAAGAAUAGUUUGACACAGAAAAAUUAUGAAGAAAUUGCUUCUGCCAUGACAAUCAAUUGCAGUCUGACCCAUCUGGAUCUAAGUUCCAAUGUUAUUCAAGACUCUGGAAUAAAUGUAUUAUCCGUGGCACUGAUGGACACAAGCUGCUCGAUACAAUCACUGGUGCUGACUGAAACAAAACUAACACCUACCUGUUGUGAGAAACUUGCCUCUGUGCUAGUCACAAACCAGACACUGAGAGAGCUGGAUCUGAGCAUGAACAAAUUGGGUGAUUCUGGAGUGUGUGCACUGUCUGCUGCACUAAAGGAACCAUGCUGCAAACUGGAAACUCUAGGAUUAAGACGAACAUCUCUCACUGACGCAUGUUGUAAGAAGCUUAUAACUGCACUCAGCACAUCGCAGACAAUAGCAUCCCUUGACUUAAGUGAGAACUUAUUUACAGACAGUUCCAUAAAGAUCUUCUGCAGUCUCAUUUUGACCUGUAGUAACCUGAAAUGUUUAAGGUUAGAGCUGAACCAGUUCACCACAAAUGGACAGAUGACAAUAAAGAAUCUGAACAUGCAGAAACCAGGAGUUCGGGUUGUUGUAGAAAGAAGCUAAAA